AUGGCUCUAUCAAUGUUGAUUCUUCGCUCGAUCGUGGCUGUGUUUAUGAUCACCGUACUCGCGAUUCAGGUGGGUCUCUUCAUUGCAUAACUGUCAUGUUUCCGAGAAAUAUUGGGUAAGAAGAGCAAUUUUUUCUGGAGCAACAAUGAUAAUAACAAAUAGAAUUCCCCCUCCUAAUGUUAAAGGUCUUUACGUUUAGUUUACAGCAGUGUAAAUUCAGUUUUCAAUAGGAUGUGUGCAGUGACAUUAUGGUCGUGGGUUCUAUGUUAGGUAUGUUUCCAUCGUCUGGGGCUUGUACUUGGAAGUAGCGCUGUUAGAUUGGACACAUUUUUUUUUUAAUUCUUGUGUUUGUAAACAAUAAAUGCACUUUUUGGUGCAAACUUUUUCAUCGUUAGAGGUAUAACUUGAGGAGAGCUACGCAAUUUUCGAUGACAAGUAAUCACGCACGAAAGUUUAGCUACAAGCUGCAUGCAUGUAGUUGAUGCACGUUAUCCUUCUUAGGCAACAAAAUAACCUGCACGCUUAGAGGAUUUUUUUUUUUGUAAAAACAUGCAUCAUUCUUAUAGAGAGAUCUAAAGAAAGCGCUGAGUUCUUUGUUUCUGAUAAAUGACACUUGCCAUAAACAUAACAAUGUAUGUUUAAUUAAAACGUGUACAGGUCGGUGAACUCUAGACUAGCUACUUUUGAAAUAGUUUUUGGAUGAGAGUUCCAUAACCAUGGCGUAGUUCACAUCUGAACUAGGCCAAAGUGUUGCUACAGCUCUAAAAUAAUAGCAACACUUGUAAAAGGUUUCAUAAAUUGACCCUUGCAAAAAGUAGACAGUCAGUGGAGGGUUCAAGAGGGUAUAGGCCCUCUCCCCCUUCUCGUGGUCAAAAAGAACCUUGUUGCUGACUACUCUUGCACAAGCAACCUAUAGCAGGGCUUGUCAUUGCAACUGUAUCGGUCGCAUUUGCGACCAAGUUUUCUCCCCUUUUGCGACUAAAACUUCUUCAGCCAAGGCUUCUGAUAUUUUGUGCGGUCGUGGAGCCGCAAAAUUCAGGUAAAUCCACAAAAUUCACAAAAACACGAAAAAUACAGCGAAAUUUGGUAAAAAUAUUAUCAAAUACAUGUCUGUACAACAUAUGUGAAACUUAUUUCAGCUAUAGGGGCUAUUUACUUGCCGUAAACUUACAAAUUUAUCUUGGAACUUUGUCGCUGAAACGUGCAAACAACGUCCCGAUUAUGUUGCGAAAGACUGGGCACUAGCCAUUGGUUCAUUUCUGGAGUGUAUUGUUGUUGAAAGAGCAAAUGAUGACCUCUGUUAGAAAAACAUUAAAAAUGCUGGUCUGGUCAGCGCAAAAGCAAUCGAUUUCUAUUGAAAUUUGCCUUUAAAAUAAGCACAAAGUUGGCCGUUUUUUACUGAUUGCUUUUUGGUGAAGUUUGCCCUGAAAACCCCCUCGAAAUCGGCCAAUUUUUCCGCGAAUUUGUCCCUAAAAAUCCCAUGAAAUUUGACUUUUUCUUCUGCGACCUAUCAGAAGCCGUGUUCAGCAGUCGCAACUUUGCGAUCAGUUUUCACCUAAAUUACGAAAGAAAUACAACUUUGAAAAUUUUGUGUCCUACUUGUUGUGGAGAUUUGAAAAUGUAGUGGUAAAAUCCUGCUCGAGUUCCAAACAACACAAUGUAUGAACAACGUUACGAGACCCCAUUACUGCAGUUCUGUUAUAAACAAGUAGUAUUUCAUGUAUGGGAACUAAUUUCUACGACACAAAAAUACUUUUUUGGGGAAAAAAUUAUAGCUAAAGUUCUGUGCAACAUCUGUUUUGGCUUGAUUCAGACUUCUUUAAGGAUAUAACUCACAGUCAAACAUAGACUUUGCAGUUUUGAGGUACAAGUGGAACAGAAGGGUAAAUGUGCUGAAAAUGUCAAUGUAUACACAAGCUUUGCACUAUUUCUGUGAGCAUGUAUAAUAAUUAAGAGCUUGGUGUAUUUAGCAAGGGCAAACAUUACAGGGAUUUCACAUUAUUAACAGACGGUAAGAUUAAUAAUAAUUUGUUUCAUUUAUUGAAUUUUAACUUGAGUACAAAUUAUCAUUUAACAGGAUUAUUUGUAUGGAUUGUACCUUUUCAGGAUCGAUCGAACGUUGUAAUUUACAAUCUUGAUUGUGCCGUUAAAGUAAUUCAGAAACUGUUUUUCAGACAUUAUUAGAAAUGAAUAAAAGCUGCUGAAAUCAAGGAGUUAUUAAUUUAUUAGUCAAAGGACUUAUUAAAUAUUAACUUGUGCUUUGCAACUUGGUUUUGAGAAUUUGUGACUAACUUUUCUUAACUGGUCGCAAAAAUGCGACUUCACUUUUUUUUUGAUGUCGAGCCCUGUGUAGUAUGAAAUUAUUGUAUGUUCACUUGCUGCAGUCUAGGCCUCUACUUUGGUAUCUAAGCAAGUUUACCAUUACAUCAUGUUUUCAACAGUUUACACUAGCGAUUUCUAUUUUCAGUUAAUUAAUUAAGUAUAGUGGUGCAAUGCUCUGGAAUAAUCUUUCUUUUGAGGCAAAAACAGCACAAUCGCCUUCCAAAUGUAAAGCAAACUUGCCUCUUCGCCUUCUGCUGGAUCACUCUGAUUCAUUAAUUAUUUUCUGUGUGUAUUUUAAACUUAAGUUAAUUAUUACUCUUCAAAACUCCCGCCAGCAUAGUUAUAUUGAAAAACUAGUUAUAUUGUAUGCAUUUUUACCUAAUUAAUUUUUCUCUGAAACUUUGUAACUUUUGUGAUCACCAUACUGCUUAGAAGUUGUUUGUGAUGCGCGUUUGCUUACAUCGAACCUCGAAAUCAGCUUUUGUUGUGUGUGGUUAACGUAGUGAAAUAAACAAGUUGAUUGAUUGAUUGAUUGAUUUAAUUAACGCAAAGAUCUUCCCUUUAGAUUAUACUGACUGACUAAUCUCGAUGGAAUAAGAAGUGGAAAGAUAAAUGUUUGGUUGCCUUCCAUGUAAUCCAUUACCACGCAAAAAGAUCACUCUCCCUCCUUCCCCCCCACACACAAACGCACACACACACACACACACAUUUUCUAAGUUCUUUGUUGGAAGACUAUUUUAGUGGUAGCAUUUUUACGAUAAAACGUGAUCUGUUCAUUGCACAAGUGUUUUUUACUGAUUAUACAACAAGAAAAGCUAAUGAGAUGGCAUCCGAGUGGAGUUGCAAGAACCAGAAUUCAGGUUUUUGGGGUAUUCGUCAUCAAGGGAAAGGACAUUUUGGUUCAAGUUAGUAGAGAAUUCAAGGUGUCCAAGUUCGAGUUAACUGAGUAAAAAUGACUGAUAAAGUGGUGGUGAAAUCCAAGGGAAAUGGGACUUAGUUUGAGUUAUCCGAGUUUGAGUUACAGUACAUUUGUAUUAGGGUUCUAAUGUAACAGCAUUAGUGUAGAAGCUAUUCUGUAAGACAUGUGCAAAACUGCUAAUUUGUGGCUGUGCUCUAGCUCCAUCUGGUGGCCCCUGGCACCUUUCUUUUGCUCUUGGGUGACCAGGAAAUCUUAGCUUACAUGUAUUUGUUACAGGUCAAAGUUAAAUUCAGGUUAAAAUUUUUUAAUAAAGAUUGAAAAACCUGCGCAGCGUAGUACUUAAUGUUACUGUAAUUUAAAAAAAUUUAAAAAUUGUAAAUCUGACGCUGUUAUUAUAAGAAUCUUAACGGAUGUUUCGGCAAUGCUGCCUUCUUCAGGGUAUACAAGACUAUAACUACCGUUAAAAAGUUCGUUAAAUUAGCUCACGUGCUUGAUGGCAUACUCGUGCGCGCGCCACACGAAAUAGCGCACUACAGCGUGCGAGUAAGCAAAAAAAAAAAAGAGGGGGGGUGAUUCACAUGAAACUAAAGUCUUAGAAAGUAUAAAUUUUUUAACCUAGGUACCUAGGUUGAAUCUCAACUUCCUUUGUCUCCUAGCCCUAAUUCAUGAAUAAUAAGGGCUACAUGUAGAGAACAAAGAAAAUUGAGAUUCAACCGAGGUUAAAACAUUUUAACCUGAAUUUACUUUUAACCUCUAACAUAUUCAUAUAAAUCCUAUGCUGGGCAACCUGGAUCUCCCUUCAGUUUUUCUUAGAGCACGGCCUUGAACCUACCAAGGCACUCAUAUCUGUUUUUGGUAUAAUUUUCUUUUCAGGUAAAUUCACAGGAUAUGAUUAAAAAUCAUACCAAGGGAUAUUGUGUUUGGUAUGGUCAGUGUACACAUGAUCAGAAACCCAAGAACUGUCUAUACAAUGGGCCAGCCAAGUAUCUUAAUGACACUCGUGGCCAGCAAAUUCUUAGUGACAGAUGCCCAGAAUUUCGAGGCCGUCCCACUUGUUGCACAACCAAUCAGCUUGAGGCACUAACCUCUAAUUUGCAAACUAUGGAGCAGUUAACAUCGCGCUGUCCAGCUUGCUGGAACAACAUGAGGAGAUUAUAUUGUGAAUUGACCUGCAGCCAAGACCAAUCACUUUUCAUGGAUGUGACAGAAGAGGAGUAUGAGAAAAAAACAAACGUAAUAACCGCAGUGGAUUACUAUGUAUCUCCUGAAUUUAAGGAAGGCCUGUUCAACUCUUGCAAAGAUGUCACUUUUCCAGGAAACAAUGAGAAAAUUCUUAGUUUUCUGUGUGGAACUUCUGCUGCGAAAUGUACACCUCAAAAAUUGCUUACUUUCAUGGGAAGCACAACAAAUGGUUAUGCUCCAUUCGAUAUUAAGUACAGGACUAAACUUGCAGCAAACCUUACUUGGAUGAAUGAGACCAUUUUCAAGUGUAACCAAAAAUUUAUUGAUCCUCGGAAUAACAGAACAGCAAAUCCAUGCAGCUGUCAAGACUGUACUGCAUCUUGCCCUGUCCCACCCCCUCCCCUGCCCAAGCCAAAGCCUGAGACAAUUUUUGGAUUAAGCAUUCUUUCUUUUAGUCUGCUAGUUGCCUAUGUUAUCUUUGUAGUCGUGUUCUUUCCACUCAGCAUAUUUUGCUCAAUGAGGAAAAAGAACAACAGCUAUGCUGUGGUUGCAGAUAGUUCAAAGUAUGGUGGAGUGUAUCCUCCAGUUUCCAGUACUCAGUCAACAUCCACCGAUUCAUCUCCAGGAAUGUGUGAGCAACUUGGAGGCACGUUAGAAACUGUUUUGCGUCACUUCUUUACUAAAUGGGGUGUGUGGUGUAGCUCUCAUCCAUUUGUUGUCAUGGGGGGGUGUGCUAUUAUCAUCAUUGCACUCGCUUGUGGCCUUGUUUUCUUCACAGUUACAACAGAUCCUGUAGAGUUGUGGUCUGCUCCCAACAGUGAGGCCCGCAGAGAGAAGGAGAUUUAUGACUCCAAGUUUGGGCCAUUUUAUCGCACUGAACAGCUUAUUAUUCGACCAACAAGAAAUGUACCAGGUGGAUAUAAGCAAUCUCCUUAUGGUAAUUUUGUUCCAUUUGGGCCUAUCUUCCAUCUAGAUUUACUAAAUCAGGUGAGUUUAUAG